AUGUACUAUAAUGCUGUGUUCAACUUGAAAGGUGAUCUAUCAAUAUCUUGUGACAGGUGUGUCUUCAAUGGAAACGGAAAAAUAUUGGAGGAUCUAGUCCUAGCUGCUCAAGAAGGUGUUUUUGUAAACGUUGAUAGUGAAUUUGAUCUGGAAAACAUUGUUGCUGCGGCAAGAAUUUCUGGGAAGAAAGUUAAUGUGCUACUACGAAUUAAUCCAGAUGUAGACCCUCAGGUCCAUCCAUAUGUUGCCACUGGGAACAAGAACUCCAAAUUUGGUAUCCGAAAUGAGAAGCUGCAGUGGUUUCUAGAUGCUGUGAAAUCACAUCCGCAAGAACUGAAGCUUGUUGGUGCCCACUGCCAUUUGGGGUCUACCAUUACAAAGGUAUUCUUCUUAAAGAUAGCAUUUUAG